AUGGAGGGGAACAUCAGCAAUACCACCACCAGGUUCACAUUCGCAAAUGCCUCCGGCGGCUCGUGCCUUGAAUGGUUCGGAAAAAACGGUCCUGGCGACAACCUGACAUUUGAGACCGUGAUGACGAUUUGUCUGAAUUCCAGUCAGAUUCUCUUUAGCUUUCCUGGCAGGGAAGCUUUGACAACAACAUUGAGCGCCAUCGGUACCCUUCUGAACAGUCUCGUUGUCUUCGGCGUUGCUAUGUUACAGCAACACAAACCGCUGUACUACCAGAUCGCUAACCUGGCCGUCUCGGAUAUCAUCACCAAUGUCGUCGCCAACGUCAUGCUCAAGUUACGGUCCACCGUAACGUUUCGAAAGUACAUAUUAUUAUUGGUCACGGUGCUGCACUUUCCCGUGUUUCUGUCCCUAACUGGGCUGGUGUUGUUGUCCGUAGAUCGGUAUGUUUCCGUCCAGCACGCCAUUUACUAUCGCACCACCGUCGGCAGCCGGCACACUCUGGCGGCGGUGGCCGGGGCUUGGGUCUCCGCCGCUCUGCUCUGUUUCUCCCCGUUGAUGGGGUGGAACUGCUACUCGAUGAACGCUAGUAAAGAGCUGUGUUUCCUGGGCGCAGUGGAAGGGAGCUACAUCCUGUUCAUGACUGUCCUGUGCGCGGCGGGAGUUGCCGUGGUGGUGUUCACCAACGCGCGGGUCUUCCUGGCGCUCCGACGGCGCCUGUCCGCGGCGGCGAACGGCAACCAGCAGGCCGGACGCGUGCACAUCAACCGACAACAGAUCGUCCUCGCACAGAAGAGGGCCAGAAGUGUGCUGGUCAUCAUAGCCGUGUUCCUGCUCGCCUGGCUGCUGUUCCUGUCGUGGCAGGUGACGACGCUCGUCUCCAUGUACAACAGCUGGGACGGGAUGAACGGCAUCGGCAAUCUGUUUCGGUUCGUCUACAUCGUGGUCCUGUGGUUGGCGCCCAUUGUGAAUCCUCUCGUGUACGCAUUCCGGCUGCCGACACUGAGAAAUGCGGUCUGGGACAGUUUCAAGAACGGAGGGAUCCGCCUAUGGCGGUAUCUCGUCCGCAAAAGGAACGUCCAGCAAAACGAACGUCCGGCUACCAUAGACGCGCCUGUCGUGCUGCUGAGUUACAGAUCUCGAGAUUGCUUGUUCUAA